ACGUGUCGAGCGAAGCGAUAGGAAAGCCGAGCCGCUUGGCACUAGCGCUCUCCCGAAACCGCCACUCGAGUGCUCGCCGGCCGCCGCGAUGACGCCGCCGCCGCCGCCGCGCUGCCUCGGCCUCCGCGUCUGCCUCGUACAGCCACUCCCUGUCCGCGCUUCUCACCGCUCUGCCUAUGGGUUCCCCUUCCCCCCCGCUCCCCGCCGGUCAGCUGUUUGCCCCGUCCUCCCCGUCCGUCGUGGCCGCCGGCAGGGAGCUCAGCUACGAGCCGCGCGGGGGGAUGCUGCGGCCCCGGAGGGGUCCGAGGAGGAGCUGCGGAGGCUUCUGGAGCUGCUUCCCGGGGAGCUGAGGCGGCGGGUGGAGGGCCACCCGGAGCUCCCCGCGCUGGUGGAGGUGGUCAUGGACCUCGGCCGCCCCCCGCUCGCCCGCUUCACCUCCGGCGACUUCCUCCUCUCGCACAGCCCCAUCUCCUUCGACGACCUCCGCCACGCCACCUCCCAGGUUGGGGAUUUUGGAGCGGAUAAUCGAGCUGGAAUUAGCCGGACGCUGCACCGGAUCAGCGCGAUUCGCAACCGGAAGGGCGCCAUCAUAGGCCUCACUUGCCGCGUUGGGCGGGCUGUGCCCGGAAGUGCUAAUUUGCUGCAGGAUUUGGUUAAGGAUGGUGGGUCAUUGCUGCUCAUCGGUCCACCGGGUGUGGGGAAGACGACUGUCAUAAGAGAAAUCGCUCGUAUGCUAGCUGAUGAUUAUAAGAAGCGGGUGAUGAUUGUUGACACGUCCAAUGAGAUAGGUGGAGAUGGAGAUAUUCCUCACCCAGGAAUAGGGAAUGCUCGUAGGUUGCAGGUGCCUAACCAAGAUAUGCAACAUAAGGUAUUGAUAGAAGCUGUCGAAAACCACAUGCCCCAGGCAAUAGUCAUUGAUGAAAUUGGAACAAAGCUAGAGGCUUUGGCUGCUAGCACCAUUGCACAACGGGGGAUACAACUUGUUGCCACCGCCCAUGGCAUAACAAUAGAGAAUUUGGUAAUGAAUCCAUCGCUAGAUCUGCUUGUAGGAGGUGUGCAGAGCGUCACCCUUGGUGAUGAAGAAGCUAAUCGAAGAGGGGUCCAGAAAACUGUCCUGGAGCGCAAGGGUCCAUCAACUUUUACAUGUGCUGCAGAGAUUGUCUCCAAAACAGAAUUGCGUGUCCAUCGUAGUUUGGAAGAUACUGUAGAUGCUCUGCUUGCAGGAAAAAUGCCUAGCGUUGAAAUUCGUAAGUUUGGCUCAAAGGGGUUGGUGCAGGAAAUUUUUGUGCAAAAGGAACACUUGCAUCUCAGUCCUCCUGAAAGUGCAGUUCAAUUGAACACUGAUUCUUUGAGCAAUGCAAGAAGAAGCUUGGACUCGGCAUUUAAUCUUGAUUCUGCCGAAGGGUAUGCGAACAGAUCAACUGAAGCUGAACCAGGCCUCAAUCUAUAUGCUUAUGGGAUCUCGGAGUCGACUGCCUUGCAAGCCAUUAAACAACUGGAGUUGGAGGAUGUUAUAACCUUAACUUAUAACAUCAGUGAAGCUGAUGCGGUUAUUGCAUUGCAAUCAAAGCUCAAGAAGAAUGCCCAGAUUCAGGCUGUUGUGAAAUCUCAAGAUAUACCUGUUUUUUUCACAAAGACAAACUCCCUGGUCCAAAUCAGGAGGGCAAUCCGUGCCCUUGUUGACGAUCACACGGACGGGUUGAUGGAUUUUGAAGAAAAUGAAGAAAUGAGAUCUUCAGAGGAAACUGAUGCUUUGGAGGAAGCUAGAUUGGCAAUUGAGCAAGUAGUGAUCCCGAAAGGAGAAAGCGUGCAGCUACUGCCCCGACCACCAAGUAUCAUUGCUUCCCAAGUGGAUCUAGUCGAAAGCUUCAAGCUCAAGUGGGAAGCUAUAGGCCAGGAGCCAAACCAAUGCCUCAGAAUUCUUCCGCGAUUCGUAGGCGUGGAAGAAGGCAGCAUGUCUGUCAAGCAAGAGGCUGCGACUGAUAAGCUCACAGAUUCAGACAGUGCCGAUGACAUGGACUACAAACAGAAUGGUGUCAGCAGGCUGCCUUUCCUCCCAGAGUAGCACCUCCUCUGGCCAUUCUGCUGUUCCUAGCUGUACAUUCCAUUCCAUUUUCCACUUCCCUGGGCUGUCAUUGAUACCCUGGUAACAACUUCCAUCACAAAAUUGCUGUAUUUCACAAAAGGGGAAGGUGGACAGAUAGUGCAGCACUACGCAUACAGAGGUACAGAAUCGGUUCCAACUCAGAAGUCAGAACUAAACCUGACGGCGUUCAGAUGACUCAGGAUCAUUUUGUCACCUUUUUUUUUUCUGAGCCGUCACAUUGUCAUUAGUUGUUAGGCGCAUUUCCUCCUGGGAUUAUUUUAUACAAGCUCAAGCUGUGUGUUUUUGUAAAUGCAACUAAAAUGCUUGCCGACACAUGCUACUGGCCCAAUCUUGUGCCAGUCUGAAAAUUAAACACACUUUGGCUGCCAGGCUAAUCCCUUUCUUCUACAUGAUCCAUUAAUCCUCUCCUGGAUGCAUGCACAUCGUACUGAU